AGUUUGCAAAUUUUUUUCACUUUCUCUCUCUCUCUCUCUCUUUGACCAUCAUCAAUCAUCCCAAUAUAUUUUUCUAAGUUAUGGAUCAAACAAAUGAUCUAGCAUUAUGGCCAAUUCUUCGUCGUGUUCCGAAUGAUUUUCUUCAUAUUACUGAUCGUUUUUUUAUAUUUAAUAAUGGUGAAUCCUUAUUAUUAUUUUGUCGUAAUGGUAAAGUAUAUGGAUAUGGUCGAAAUCCAUACGGUAUGUUAGGCGUUCCAACCGAUGAUAUACGACAAAAAUAUUUUGGACUUUUACGUUUUUAUUGUUAUAAUCAUACAUCAUUAUCAUCAUCAUCAUGUCCACUUGUGAAUGAACCAAAAGAAUUGAUUAAAUUACGUUUUAUCAAUAUAAUUGCCUUAUCCAAAGGUGAUAAACAUAUGAUGGCAUUAACUGAUUUAGGCGAUCUUUAUGGAUGGGGUUGUAAUCAUUCGGGACAAUUAGGUUUAGGAUGGUAUCGUAUGAAUUCAAUAGAACCAACAUUAAUUUUACAUGAUGUACAAAAAGUAUGUUGUGGACCAAAACAUACCGUUGCAUUAGUUAUGGAUGGAUCGAUUCGUAUUUGGGGAAAAUUUCCCGGUUGUCCACAUAAUUUUACACCUGAACGUUUAAUUCGUUCACCAUCAGCUAUGAUCGAUUUGAUAACAACUAAAUAUCUAACUAUUGCCUAUGAUAAUUGUUUUGAUAAUAAUGAUAAAGGUGCAUUCUAUGUUUGGGGUGAUUUAAAACAAUUCGGAUUAUCUGGAUCAUCAUCCACUGUACGUUUGACAUAUAAACGUAAUGAUUAUUCUAAAAUAUUUAAAAUAAUACCAAUCGGUAUGAAUAAAAUAAUGGUAUUAACACGUGAUGGUCGUGUAAGCAUAUUAUCCAUACAAAAUGAACGUGUACGAUCCAUAAGAAAUCCAUUUCGUUCAAUUAAUUCUAUUGAUUUUUGUAUUGAUAUACCUGAAGAUCCUAAUGUUGCUAUUAUUAGAACUAGUGAUGAUUGUGGUGGUCAAUGUUUUGUUUGGGAUGAUAAUAUUCGACGAUCGAAUGGUCAAAAUUUAUUUUCAACAAAUAAUUGUUCAAUAGCUGAUACUACAUGUUUAUAUUCAUCAUCAUUUACACCACAAUUAACUCGAUUACCAUCGAAAUUACUUUCAUCUGUUUUGACAACAAAAACAACAAUUUCAACAUUUGAAUUUAACGAUCCACGUGAAUCUGAUCUGAUUUUUCGUUUCAAACAUUAUCAAUCAAAACCAAUCUAUGUACAUAAAGCCAUAUUGAUGAAAUAUUCAAAUUAUUUUCAUUGGAAAUUAUCAACAAUGGCUAAUAAUGGCCAAAUAUUAACAAUUAUGAUUGAUGAUCAAACUUCUUAUAUUUCAAUGUUUAUUUAUCUUCGUUAUAUUUAUACGAAAAAAAUUUCAUUCAAUGAAAUUGAUGAUUGGAUUCUAUCCGAAAUGUAUCAUUUGGCAUGUAAAUAUUCGGAUCAAGAAUUUGUUGGAUUUAUUGUCGAUCAUCUUUAUUAUACAAAACCACAUUAUCAUCAACAACAACAACAUAAUCAUUACUUUCAUUCGUAGACCAUUUAAUAUAAUUAUCAUUUUAUAAUUUAUGAACUUUUCGGACAUUUAUUAUUAUUAUUAUUAUUUCGCUAACCUUUUUUCUGACCUACGAAUAUUCAUUCA